AUCCAUUUUCUGUGACUUUCCAAACUCAAGACAAGAUGUCGCAUUAUAGCAGCUACGGCGGUAGUCGUGGCGAUGACCGAUGGGGAGGGUCAUCGUAUGGAGGCCGCUCAGGUGGCUUCGGUGGCGGUGGCGACUUUGGACGCGGUGGUGGAGGCAGCUACGGGUUUAAUUCCAGAGGCGGUCGAGAUGAACUGGACAGCAUGACGCUGCCGAAGCCGGACUUCUCGAACUUGCCUAAGUUCGAGAAGUGUUUCUACCUUGAGCACCCGGCGGUGAGCUCCCGCACCUCGGAGGAGGUGGAGGCUUUCCGCCGAAGCAAGCAGAUCCACGUUUACGGUGACGGGGUCCCCAAGCCGGUGACGUCGUUUGAGGAGGCAUCUUUUCCAGAGUAUGUCUUGGGCGAGGUUCUGCGUGCCGGCUUCAAGGAGCCAACCCCGAUUCAGUGCCAGGGAUGGCCGAUGGCUUUGCUUGGACGCGACCUGAUUGGCUUGGCUGAGACAGGCAGUGGCAAGACGCUUGCCUACCUGCUCCCGGCGGUGGUGCACAUCAACGCGCAGCCGUACUUGCAGCCCGGCGACGGCCCCAUCGUGUUGGUGCUGGCGCCCACCCGCGAGCUUGCCGUACAGAUCCAGCAGGAGUGCCAGCGCUUCGGCAGCUCCUCGCGCAUCAAGAACACCGUCGUGUACGGCGGCGCGCCCAAGGGGCCGCAGGCUCGCGACCUGCGCUCGGGCGUUGAGAUUGUCAUCGCGACGCCGGGUCGCCUGAUUGAUAUGCUUGACUCGCGCACAACCAACCUGCGCCGCGUGACGUACCUGGUGCUGGAUGAGGCGGAUCGCAUGUUGGACAUGGGCUUCGAGCCGCAGAUCCGCAAGAUUGUGGACCAGAUUCGCCCCGAUCGCCAGACGCUCCUGUGGUCGGCUACAUGGCCCAAGGAGGUGCAGGCCAUCGCACGCGAUUUCCUCAGGGACCCCUACCAGGUCAUUAUCGGCUCGCCCGACCUGAAGGCCAACCACAACAUUCGGCAAAUUGUGGAGAUGAUCGAGGGACACGCCAAGUACCCCCGACUGCGGAAGCUGCUGGACCAGGAAAUGGACGGCCGCCGCAUCCUCAUCUUCCUGGAAACCAAGCGUGGCUGCGACGAUCUCGUACGGCAGCUGCGCAUGGACGGCUACCCGGCGCUGGGCCUGCACGGCGACAAGAGCCAGCAAGAGCGCGACUGGGUGCUUCAGGAGUUCAAGAACGGCACGCACCCCAUCAUGCUUGCGACCGAUGUGGCGGCGCGCGGACUAGACGUCAAGGACAUCAAGGUGGUCGUGAACUUCGACAUGCCCAAGACGGCGGAGGACUAUGUGCACCGCAUCGGCCGCACGGGUCGUGCCGGCGCGCACGGUACGGCCUACUCGUUCUUCACGUCUGCCGACGCGCGGCUGGCACGGCAGGUGGUAGAUGUGAUGCAGGAGGCGGGGCAGCAGCCCCCACCCGAGCUGCUGCAGAUGUCCCACUUUGGCGGUGGUGGCGGCGGAGGCUUCCGGUCGCGUGGCGGUGGCGGUGGUGGCGGCGGCUUCCGUGGCUUUGGCGGGGGCCCGAGCAUGACUGGUUCCAACGCAAUCCCGGUGGCGCCUCGCCCUCGGUACUGAACGAGUUGAGAAGGAGACGCAAAGCUGCCAUUGUUUGUUGGGUUGUGUCUUCAAAACGGUUGUCGUAUCUGGCUUUAUUGACCGUGUAGGCUGUGCUUGACGAGGUCGAGAUAGAGUAUGAUUAGAAGUGCUGGACGAUGCAUAGUACUGUUGACACAUAAGGGUGCUGCAAGUAGGGGGUGGUCUUUGCAUUUACCGUGCAAUACGGGAACGUGUGACGGCUUGUGGGGAAUGCGUGGGAGGGCUUGGGAUGGAGUAGUAGCAUUACAUGAUACAGGCGUUAAAGCACGAGCCGUAUGACGGCUAGGCGUGUGCGUCAUUGUGCCUCACAUGACCCCUGCCAUUACGGGGCUGAAUGUUCGGGCUGAAUGCUUCAUUCGUUUUAUCCUGACAAUAGUUGCCUGGACUUUGAGUUCAAAGGACUAUGUACAAAGGACACCACAAUGUCACUUCAACAACACAUCAUCCGUACGGACCCCAUUGCUGCCUGUACGGAACACUACUGCCUGUAAGGCGUCGGCGAAUCC